CCAACGGAGCAAGGGGAGGGACGAAAGAGCAGGCUAGGCCUUUAUUAGUCCUCUUGCCUCGGUGGCGGCCGUAAUUCCGCUCUUUUCUUCGGCUGGGUUAGCUCGCAGUCCCUCUGCUCCCGAGACUCGCCCUCGGUGACCCCGCCCCCUGGCUCUUCCAGCGCGCCGAUUGGCAGGUGGCGGGGACUGGUUGGCUGCGAGGCGAGCGCGCCGUGCCCGUGGAAAGAGAGCGGCGCGGCGCGGGCGUGCGGGCAGCCACCCGGCUGCAUGGCGCGCUGCGAGCGGCUUCGCGGCGCGGCCCUGCGCGACGUGCUGGGCCGGGCGCAGGGGGUCCUGUUCGACUGCGACGGGGUGCUGUGGAACGGCGAGCGCGCUGUGCCGGGCGCCCCGGAGCUGCUGGAGCGCCUGGCGCGGGCUGGCAAGGAGGCGUUCUUCGUGAGCAAUAACAGCCGGCGCGCGCGGCCCGAGCUGGCCCUCCGCUUCGCGCGCCUCGGCUUCAGGGGGCUGCGCGCCGAGCAGCUCUUCAGCUCCGCACUGUGCGCCGCGCGCUUGCUGCGCCAGCGCCUGCUCGGGCCUCCGGACACGCAGGGCGCGGUAUUCGUGCUGGGCGGCGAGGGGCUGCGGGCCGAGCUGCGCGCCGCGGGGCUGCGCCUGGCGGGGGACCCCGGCGAGGACCCGGGCGCGGCCCCGCGCGUGCGCGCCGUGCUGGUGGGCUACGACGAGCACUUCUCCUUCGCCAAGCUGAGCGAGGCCUGCGCGCACCUGCGCGACCCCGACUGCCUGCUGGUGGCCACCGACCGCGACCCGUGGCACCCGCUCAGCGAUGGCAGCCGGACCCCAGGCACCGGGAGCCUCACUGCCGCCGUGGAGACGGCCUCAGGACGCCAGGCCCUGGUGGUGGGCAAGCCCAGCCCCUACAUGUUCGAGUGCAUCACCGAGGCCUUCAGCGUGGAGCCCGGCCGCACGCUGAUGGUGGGCGACCGCCUGGAGACCGACAUUCUCUUCGGCCACCGCUGUGGCCUGACCACCGUGCUCACGCUCACGGGCGUCUCCCGCCUGGAGGAGGCCCAGGCCUACCUGGCGGCCGGCCAGCACGACCUCGUGCCCCAUUACUACGUGGAGAGCAUCGCGGACUUGAUGGAGGGCUUGGAGGACUGAGCCCACCUGACCUGCCAGCGCGGCCGCAACCCUCCCUCUCCCUGAUCCCAUAGAUGGAGGUGAGGGGCCAAGAGCUGCAUUAAGGGCUAAGCUCCCUGGCUCCAGUGUCUACCCCGAUGGGGCUGGGACCCAGGGAAGGUGUCCGGGCCCUCAGACCCUGUCCCAUCAGGGACUGGAAGCCCUCUGCUGUCCCAGAAGCUGCUCCCUCUGCCCCACCCGUUUGCCCUGGCCUGACCCAGCCAGGUGGCCUUAUUUCUUGCCCUGUGCCCUCCCCUUGUUGAAAUCUGGGCCCUGCUGCCCGCUGAAGGUGUCCCCCAACCCUGAGCACUGAAUCCCCCACCUCCUCCCUGGGGUCUCUAGAGUUUGACCUGCUCCUGGGUCCUGGCCUUGGGUUCCAGUGGACCAACCAGAGGCCUGGGUGACCACGAAUCAUUAUUGUCCUGAGCCCUGAAUGGACCAAUCAGAAGGCUAAGUGAUGCUGACGCAUUGAUGGCGGGUCCUGAGUGGACCCGAUGGGAGCCUGAGUCAUGAUGACCAUCUCAUGUCCUAGGUCCUGGGUCGACCAAUCAGGGAGCCCUGGUAUUAAUGACCCAUUGGUCUCUUGGAUCCUGAAUAGAACAAUCCAGAAGUCUGAGAGCCAGUGGCCUCUUAACAAUCUGGGUCUGAUUGGACCAGCCAGGGAUCCAGACUUCUGUUUAUAAAUAAGGGUCCAAAUGCUGAAGACACCUCUUCUCUCCAAAGAAGGGGGCCACUUGGAGGCUCUGGGGGCUUCCGUAGCUGAGAGCCCCACCCCUCCCUAAUCAUGGUACCAGACCAGUGUUGACAGUGCCCACAGCUUGGGAAUGGGGCUUUAGUGCCCUCCUGUGCUGUCAGUGUUUGCUGUGCCACCUCCCCCCUGUGCCCACCCCCCAGUUAUUUAUUUAUUAUCCUGUGCUGGUGGGGGUGGGGGCUGGGCCUUCCCCGCCGCCCCCUCCCCUCUUGUAACUAGUCCUCCCGGACAUAAUAAAGUGCAAGUGGGAGUGUC